UGAACGCAACGAUAGUAACCAAGGCAAUGACGCUUUUGCUCGUUUCCUAGGCAUUCGCUGGCAAAGACUGAGCAACACUGCUAGCUGGACAGUCUGACAGAUUAUCUUCUAAAAAAUAGUGGCACACGCACUUUUCCUGUCAGCUUGAGCCACAAGCUAGCUAAAUGUGUGACGCUAACGUUAGCGCAACAGCCACCAUGGCUGAAUUUGGGUGUAAUGAGCAUCAUCAGAGCGAGGUGAUAAGCUACAUGCGAUUUGCACGUUCGAAGCGGAUUUUGAGACUCAAGACUGUGGACUCCUGCUUCGAGGAACUCAAAGACAGCAGGCUUGUGGAGGAAACCUUUACUGUGGACGAGGUGAGGGAUAUGCUGGAUGGGCUACACGCGGUGGUACGUGGCGAGAUGGAGAUGGAGCUCAUCAACACUGCACACACCAACGUCCUGCUCCUCAGGCAGAUCUUCUACCAGGCCGAAAAGUUUUUCCUUCGGCUGCAAACAGACAUCUCAGAACUGGAGAACAGGGAGCUGUUAGAGCAAGUAGCGGAAUUUGAGAAGACUGACUUUAAAGCCACUGAUAAGAUGAACCAGGAGAGCAGCAAACCCAAGUUGGCACCGCUGAAUGAAGGUGGCGUGUCUGAGCUUCUAAACAAGGAGAUCGCAAGACUACAGGAGGAAAAUGAUAAACUGAAAGCCAAGCUGCGCAGUUUAGAAUCCCAGGCAAUGAGUGUGCUGGACGACAAGACCGAGGCAGAGAGAGCCCUUAAAGACCUCCGGAAUGUGCAAGGGGACCAGCAGCUGAGCGCUCACGCCAAAGAGAUCAGCUGUCUGCAGAACACCGUGGCGGCCCUCAAGGACGACUACGAGCGCUCGCUGACCGUCAGCGCUGCCUCUCAGAAUAACCUGCAGGAGAACCUGGUCUCUGCCAAACACGAACUGCUGCGAGUACAAGAGCAGCUGGCCUUAGCGGAAAAGGAGCUGGAUAAGAAGUUCCAGCAAACGGCUGCUUAUCGCAACAUGAAGGAGAUCCUUACAAAGAAGAAUGAGCAAAUUAAGGACAUUAGAAAAAGAUUACAAAGAUACGAGCCCAACGAAUGAGUUCUUGUUUCUGCUGAUGCACCUCGAAUGAAAAUUCAGGUAGCAUGAUGGAACCAGAAUGUACCCCUGGGUUUGGGAAGAGCAACAUUCGACCCCACAGCUGCUGACUGAAGCACAAUAAAGCAGCGUUUUAGUGAGCAGUUAUUUAAUCAUGUUUUAUUCUGAAAAUGUUGUAGCUGCUUCUAGGUGGCUAAUUAGAGUUAUUGAUAUCUUGUUAUUGAUACCACCAUUGAUACCUUGUUUUUUUCACUGAACUGGACUCCCAGAAUGAAAAAAAUUUUCCUUAAAGCCACUACACAUUGAGGAGGAGCAUUUUCUACAAUCGGACUUUCUGUGAAUGUCCGAUCCUAUAGAAAAGUACGCUGUUUAUACGCUUGGCUUUGCUAGAAUGAUUUCCUUGCUCGCCUAUAUUAUACAAAGAAGAUAACAUAUGUUGCAAACAAUACCACGUAUAUUUCAUAUUAUUGUGAACUUAGGACUGGAAUGUGAGUAAAGAGAGGAAAAAAAAAAACAACGUAAAAUUAUAUACAACAUUGUAAUUGUACACACAUCCUGUAUUCCCUUCACACAUGCAUUUUGCGGUCUGUGCAUAAAAGCUGUGUGCAAAUAAAAGCGGCAACUAGCUCAA